AAAGAUAAUAAGAGUGAAGAAAAUGGCGAGUAGCUUGAGGAGAAGAGUAUUGGUCGGUUGUACCGGCAGUGUGGCCACGAUCAAGCUGCCUAAGCUCGUGGAGACACUGCGACAGAAUGAUCUAGAGGUGAGAGUAGUGGUAACAGAGCGGGCUAAGCACUUUUUGAAGGACGCUCAGCUGUCACCCGACGUUCAAGUCCUGUCGGAUACAGUUGAAUGGGCUGCCUGGCAAGAUCGAGGUGAUCCCGUGUUGCACAUAGAUUUGGUAAAGUGGGCGGACAUAUUUGUGAUAGCGCCGCUGGAUGCCAAUACUCUGGGCAAAAUCGCCAGCGGCAUAUGCGACAAUAUCCUCACGUGUGUGGCACGCGCUUGGGAUCCUACAAAGCCGCUUUUGUUCUGUCCUGCUAUGAACACUAGGAUGUGGGAACAUCCGAUCACCAUGCCACAAGUAUCACUGCUCAAAUCCUGGGGCUACAAAGAAGUGCAUUGUAUAUCGAAGACGCUGAUGUGCGGAGAUACCGGAAUGGGCGCGAUGGCCGAGGUUGACACGAUCGUGCGAUCCACUUUACGAGCUCUGAGCCCCUGGGACCCGCCGGAUCCGUGUCCCUAGCAGCGACCGAGGUCAUACUCCUCGUGCGAGUCUCGUCGACGAUAUCGCGAUUAUCGAUGAGGCUCCAUCACGAUGAGAAUGACUUACUGAGAUCUGCAAAGACGCGCAUUGGUGUGAUUCGAACGUACGCUUAAUAAUAUUAAAAAUAUACGCCACAAUUCGCGCUUGUUUCACAGGAUCGAUAAGAGCCUAAGAUCCUUCGGAUGUAUUGGGUCGUAUAUGAAUUAUGUGAUAAAGACUUUCUGUAUUUGUUACCUAAAAAAAUGUUUAUCUAUAUGAGUUUUCUUCGGAUCAUAUUAAUUGAGGAUUUUAUCUUUUUCCACCACGAGGAGAUAAAUACAUGUAGAUUGUAUUAUUAUAUAAACUACACAUUGUUAAUUAGAGAUCUAUAGGUGCUAUCUAUACGAACGGCGAGUUUCAAGUCCAUAUUUUAAAGCAUCAUGAUCGUCGUAUCCUUUGCUCAACCUGGGAUAAAUCAAUUGCACCAAGAGGAACAAAUGAGAUAAUCGUAAUUUUACCUGUCCAGUUACCGAGAGAAUGUGAUGUUUAAACAUGAUGUAAAAAGAAAAAUUCUGUUGAACAUAUCUUCAAGUUGACCCACCACCACAAAAAAAAUGUAUACAUGCUUUUGUUAAUAAAUAUAUAAAAUAAACAACAGAAAUAUAUAGACAAAUGUAAAUAUACGAAGUUUCGAAUUUUUUGUCUCUUUAACGAAAGAAACUGGAAUUAUGAAAUCUAUGUACACGUAAUAUCUAUAGUACAAAAAAGGACUGGGAGAAUAAUUCUGCUUUCUUCCGUUAGUUAGAAAAAGACAAUUAUUUUCACUAACUACGCUUUCACUUCUUUCUCACACACAUUCUCUCUUUCUCUUUCUCUCUCUCUCUCUCUAUCUUAUAUACACAAAUUU